UUAAACAAUCGUCAAUCAACAGAAACACCUAACAAAAACACAGAGGAAAAUACAAAAAAAGUAAGACGAUAAUUCAACUUUCGACAUUCUAUUGAGGAGUUUCAAAUAAAAUACAAAAUUCAACGUGAAAUUAUUAUAACAUACAGAUUUUCGCUAAUUUUGUUCGCCAUUCGACUGCUGCCAAGCUUAUGAUAUAAUGUCGCGUACGUUGAGUCGUUUAUUUGGACGCUGCCUGAUUAGCCAUGCCUAUGCAAAACCCUUGCAGGCAAAUGGUGCGAUGAGAAAUUUACUGGAAGCACAGCCGUUGCCAGCUAUGUGCGGUGGCUGCAUUGCACCUUAUUCGAAGCGAAAUGGUCCACCUCACGAUGCGGGCGAGCCUUUUAAAACCGUGUCCAAGACACGAAAUGUUGAUGAUGACGAUCUUAACAGCCUGGAGGGAGAGCCCAACUGGGAGCUAACUUCGCAACGUAGCAAUCGCUUCUAUUUGCCAAAUGCCACCGGACCUGCAUGGCAGGGCGAUACAUCCACAGUGGGUCUAAUGGAACCACUAGCUCAUCUAGUCAAUUUCUUUAAGGACGAUAACGUGGACAAAUCACGUUUAGAGUUUGCAUGCUGUCAGUGCCCAGUGUUGAUACGCGAUUCAAUAUUUGAACAAUUCCCAGUUCGCGCAAUUGGACAAAGGGACUAUGCCAUAACACUUCUUACACUCAGCUACGAGGGCGACAUAGAGAAGGGUGCAGCCAAGUUUGUGCUCGCUGCCAGAGAAAUAAGCGAUCGUUUGCUUUCGUUGGGCUAUUGGGCAGACUUUUUAAAUCCAUUUAGUGGACGUCCAUAUUUUUUACCCAGAGACGGGUCUAUAUUGUAUAAACAGGACUGCCGCUUUCGCGGACUCAAUAUGCGUCUGUCCAAUCACAACGAGUGCGUGCUUAUCGCUGCCGAAGAAAACGAUAGCAUUUACUUCUCAGGCACCAUCUUCUGUACAGCGCCAAAUAACUAUAGUCUGCUGGUAGAGCUGCUCGCCCCUACAGAAUUUAAAAUGCGAAUUGAGGAUGUACCGGAAUGACAGUGGAUAACCGUCAACAACAAUUUCGUAGUACAAUUUCCAUGUAACCAACACUCAACAAUAGCGCAACAUGCGACCUUGGCUGGUCAGCAGAAGAUAACGAAAGACAAGACGUAGCCGUUUAGUGAUGACAACUGUGUUAAUUGCCAAGUUUUUGUUCGGACUUGUCAUAAACAUUGUGUACAAACUA